CACCUCACAUCUUUCGACUUUCCCAGCUCUGAAAAGACCGACUUGGCACGCAUAUCCCCCGAUCCCAGGAACAAGGUCGCCCACUUACUCUCUCAAAGACUGCCAUGGUGUAGAAUCUUUCGGUUGAGGUGAUUCGUUCCAAGAUAGUCUACCAACCACUGACGGGUCUGGUGAUAACCCUGGGGUGAAAGGGUUGCGCUAAGAUUUGCGACCCGAUUACGUGUAUUCGGCAUAGACUCAGCAACUAAUACCAUCUGGUGGGGGGGGAGCUCAGCGAGGGCAUCCGCGUCGCAUUGGAAGGAUGUCUCGGACCGCCCCUGAGGCCGACUUGGGCACCUUUCGUGUUGCUACCGCGCUAUGACGGAACCCGAAGAAUGUAUAAGUAUUCUCGGACAGGGACGAUCUUUACAGUUCGUUCGUUGAUUCUUCUCACCUGUAUUCUAUUUCUGAAGGGACCCUCACCAUAUCUUGCUCUCCAUCAUGGCGCCUAUAGACCACUCUAAGCACGAGAAGCCCACCCAGGUGUGGAAGUCGCUGGAGGACGUAUGUCUGCCCGCUCGGAGCUAUGACAUCGAGUUUUGGUGGCAGGUCACAGGCUACCACCUGGCGAAGAUGGUAGAGGCGGCGGGCUAUCCUAUUGAGAGGCAAUACGAAGUACUGCUCUUUCAUUACCACUGGAUCGUUCCUCGGCUAGGACCGGCGCCUGGUGCCGAUGGUCUUCCGAAGUGGAAAGCUCUCAUGGCCCAUGACGGCUCGCCUCUGGAAUACUCGUGGAAAUGGAACACGACAAACUCGUUACCCGAAGUCCGUUACUCGUGGGAACCUUACAACCCGGGCGCAGACUCGACGGCGAACCCACGCAACCACGAAGUCUCCCUCGACUACAUGAAGCACAUCUCGAAGGUCGUCCCGCAAGCAGACUUCACCUGGGCGCGCCACUUCCUCUCCGAGAUCGAAACGGGCGACCGGCCGACCUCGAAUUUUCUCCACGCGGUCGAGUUCCACCGCAAGAAGCCGUUCGACCUGAAAUCAUACUUCCUACCGCGGGCCACUAAGCUCCUCGAAGGGGGAGACUCUGGGGUUAUGAAGGAGUGGGAUGACGCCGUCGUGAAGCUCGACCCGAAAAACCCUACCCGCGAAGUGCUGAGGAAAUUCCUCAAGACCAAUCCCGAGGGGCAAGCGUUAUCACCAGUUGUCCUGGCCAUGGAUGACGUGUCACCGAGCAAGUCGCGCCUGAAGAUGUACUUCCUCACGUCCCACACGAGCUUCAAGGCGCUGCGGCAGAUCAUGACGCUGGGCGGGCUCGUCGACAUCCCGGAGGAGAGCCUGCAGGAGAUCCGGUCGCUGAUCACGACGAUCCUGGGGCUGCCGGAGGACUUCCCGGAGGACGCGAACACGCCGGUGCAGCCGCCGAUCGGGAAGUCGUGGGUGGAGACGGAGAACCUGUUCGAGUGCUUCGUGUACUUCUUCGACAUCGCGCCGCAGAACGGGGUGCCGGACGUCAAGUUCUACCUGCCGACGCGGCGGUACGGCCCCGACGACCUGGCCAUCGCGCACCGCACCAUCGAGUGGAUGAAGGCGCGCGGCCGCGGCGCCUACGCCGACCAGUACCUGCAGAUGAUGGAGGCCGUCGCCGAGCACCGCGGCCUCGAGAACGGCAAGGGCCUCCACAGCUUCAUCAGCUACCAGGUCAACAGGAACGGCGAGCCCGACAUCAAGACCUACUUCACCUCCGAGACCUACCACCCCACUCGCUUCACCGGCAGGGACAACACUACGAAUGGCACGAACGGCACGAAUGCCACAAACGGCACGAACGGCCACGCUCUAUGAGACGGACGAUGAGACGGACGUAUUUUUGCUAAGGCUUGAACCCUCUAUCUAACAGCCUGUCGCGUCCAGGUAUAGUUAAUUAUAUAGAUACCACCCAUGAUUAAUCACAAGUUUCACGUAAGAGAGGGACGACUUCCUCCCUACCCCCCAUGAACAGCUGUGAGUAUGUACGAACGAAAAAAAAAACUCGUUCCGUUACAUAGUUUCUCUCACUACCAAGAAGCUCACCCGGAUGAUCGUGUCUGCAAUGCACUCCGAUUACCGAGGGUUACCAGUGUCCACAGGCUAUUAGUGAACCCUAUGUAGGGGACAAGUCUGCCUAGGGGAGGGUUUGCCCUAGGUAGGUACGCGUUUGUUUUUCCCUGUGGAGAGGGCCGAUUCCGGGUGCACGUGUAUGUGUUUUUUUUCCCUUCCCCUUUUCAUUUCCUUAUUCGAUCGCUGAUAUCGUGAGAAGGAUCGCCUAGUUUGCCAUGCCGUGCCGUACACG